ACUCUUUCUCUCUCUAAAAUUAAUUGAUCCUUCCUCAAGACCUAUCAAGUUCUGAUCAACAAUAUGUAUUAAUGAUCGGUUUCCUCAUCGAUAUUGAUUUUCUCUGUACCCACUUUUCCUCUCUCCAAAUGUUCUUGUCUAUUUAUUCUCCUGCGCUCAGUUUCCAAUCCUCUCUCUAAAAAUUUAGUUAUUUCUUUAUUCAGCCAUUGCAGUUCCUUAGAAGAUCAUAGAAGUUUGGUGUUUCUGAAUAAAAACAGAGUACUUUGCCGUACUUGGGCCAGCUGCUAAAGAACUGUACCAAUGGCUCAACAGGAAGAAGGAUGGCCUCUUGGUCUGCAACUUUCUGGUAUGAGAGUUGGGCUGAUUAAUAAUAUUAAUCGGGAUUUAUUAGAAUCCAUCUCUUCUAAUACUUUGAUCACUGGCUCCUUAAGCUUAAGUUCUUCCUCUAUUUCUUCCUCGGACUUGGAUACAGAGUCCAGUGGUUCCUUCUUCUAUGACAAGAGCAUCACUUUAGGGAGCCUCAUUGGGGUCACCACUGUUAGAGACAGAACAAACAGAGUGGUAAUCAACCGAUCAAAGGGCCAUCACUCAUCAAAACAAACCAGGAAAAACCCAACCUCUAAACCAUGGUUUUGUCUAUGUAACAGAGCCAAUGAUGCAGAGGCUGCUCCAUCUCUAGGCCAUUUUCUCAACAUCGAAAGAAGAAACUCAAAUUUCAACAGAAGAGAGAGAAACUUGAUGGGUUUUAUCUUUGAAGAAUUCUCAGUGAUUCAAACUGGUAUUGAAGAAAACUCUCUGUUCUCCGAAGGCCGAGUUGCCCCUCCACAAAUUGUUGAUGAUGGGUCGAGAACUAGAGAGAGAAAUACUCGGAGACUGGGUUCAUGGCUUGAAAUUGAUGAUCACAGAAGACCCAGAAGAGAAAUUUGUAGGAGAAAUGGGAAUGGAGUUGGAUAUGGGGUUCCAAGGCUGUGUGUGUGGCCGUGCUAGACGAUGAAGGUUUUCUCUCUCUACAAUCAGAGAGCCAUUUUCUCUCUCUUGAAUCAGAGUAAUAUUUACUGGAAUUUGCUUGAGAAUUUCUCUCUCUCUCUCUCACAUGAGUCUCUUCCCCUUCGGUUU